AAAAUGAUUUCCCAUUUGAUGAUGAAAGCAUGGUUUUUGUACUGACUGAACUCUUUUUGGCUGGAAGUGAUACUACUGCAAAUACCCUAGAGUGGGCAUUACUACUUAUGAUGGUAUACCCUGAGAUUCAAGCAAGAUGCUAUGAAGAAAUAAGAUUAACACAAAAUGGGACUGAGAAGCUCAGAUACGAAGACAGACACAGAAUGCCAUACACAAUGGCUGUCAUUUAUGAAAUUCAGCGCUUUAAAGUUAUAGUCCCUCUCUCAGUGCCACAUGGCACAGUGAAAGAUGUGUCAUUUCAUGGCUAUAUCAUCCCAAAGGGAACGAGGGUGUAUUUUGAUCUGUACUCUGUGCAUCGAGAUGAAUCUCAGUGGAAGUUUCCUCAUGAAUUCAACCCGCACAACUUUCUCAACGACAAUGAAGAAUUUGUGAAACCAGAUGCUUUUAUGCCAUUUUCUGCAGGACCUCGAGUAUGUAUGGGUGAGUCUCUUGCUCAUAUGGAAAUAUUUCUCUUCUUCACAACUCUUUUGAAACAUUAUGAGUUCUUCUGGCCUGAGAAGCAUAUAAAACCAGACCUUACAGAAAGGUUUGGAAUUACGCAAUCACCCAUUCCUUAUAGGGUAGGAAUCCGACACAGGGACGUUUGAAAGUACUCAUAUACAACAGUGCCAUGCAUACAAGGAUUUGUUAUACUAAAAUGAUGUUUCAUGUAGUAUUGAUUAUCUUGUUAUUGUAAUAAAGAAAAUACAACUGUCAUUAUAUGUAAUAUGCAGAGAAUUUUAUGAGCUUCAUAUUGCAUGGGGGACAAAAACAUACUGUUUUAUUUUCAGCUGAAAUUAAAGCAUAAUAUAAAGUGAAAAUCAAAGUAAUUAUACUUCAACAAUUAGAUCAGUGAUUAAGUAAAAUACACAACAGUCCUUCUCCUCCCUACUGCAAGUAUUAAUAAAAUAAAACUGAAAAUAUAA